AUGGCGUUAGCCAGCUUCGCUUCGGCGUUGCCUAACUAUCCUAUGAAGGGUCACGAAUGGAUUCCUGCGGGGCCAGGAGACAGCCGCUCUCCUUGCCCUGGCCUGAAUGUGCUUGCUAAUCACAAUUACCUUCCUCGUUCCGGAAAGAACAUCGAUCUACCAAGCAUUCAAGCUGCCGUCGCGGCUGCAUACAACUAUGUCCCUAACACUUUCGACAGCGCCUUCAUACAGGCCCAAGACUGCCAUUUGACGACUACAGGCAACUUUUCGACUAUCAAUCUCUCCGAUCUGGCAAAACAUGGACAUAACUGUGUCGAAUUUGAUGGAUCUCUAUCGCGAAAUGACCUCUUUUUCGGAGAUAAUUUGCACUUCGACCCAAAGAUUUGGUCGACAAUGGCAAAGAGACUGGACUUGAACAAGGUUUCGCACGAUCCAAAGUCCAAGUACAUCACUGUAGAGCAGGCGGCCAAGGCCAGAGCUGCUCGAGUAGCGGACGCAAUGAAGGCCAACCCCAAUUUUACUGCAUCAGAUCUCGAGAUGAAUGGCAGCCCCGGGACGACAGCUUUGUACUUGACCACGCUGUGGGAUGAUACCGUGGGAGGUGCUCCUAAGGAAUGGGUCAAGUCGUUCUUUGAAUGGGAAAAGCUCCCUUUCACUAGGCCUUUGAAGCAAAAGACUGGUGAAGAUAUUGGUAACAUGCUUACCGCAGUUCUGGCAGUGAAGGUUUAAUCACUGGCUGUCAGCACUUAUGCAAAGGUUGGCUGCGAUGCACUUCUUGUUCCGGCUGUGAACCAAGUGCGAUAAAGCCACUACAUUUGGAAAGACAAUGGGUACCUUUGAGAAACUGGCAUUACAAAUACACGAAGUUUUUAUAUUCUUACUCUCUUUAUUUUAUUAUUUAUACUAUUUGUUUUACAAUGCUUCGGAGCUUGCGCGUAUAGGAUAAUACAGGUUAGCAUGCAGGAGAGCGAGAACACUUUCAGUACAACAUGCGAUUUUUGGAACAAUAGAUAGUGAAUAUUUCGUAAAUCUAGAGUUAUCAAC